ACGGACGAACGUCAUUGACGUAUAUGUGUAUGAUAAAAAUGGUGCCCGUUUACCAGCUGGCAUCUAGUCUUUAUUGAUACAGAAUUGACAUUGUGAUGAUAUAAAUCGUGUAGCAUGGCGUCAGUUCUUGAUUUAGUUAAACACUACCAGCAUACAAUAGAGAAAUAUCAAAGCGACGAGCAUAAAGUUUUAAAAUGUAUAGACAAGUUAUUCAACUUGUCUGUGACAGUGCAGCACCUGCAGGAGACCGGGGUCGGUCGCACGGUGAAUGCCUUGCGCAAGGAACCAGGCGACGUGGGCCAGGCGGCGCGCUCGCUUGUCUACAAGUGGAAGUUGAUGGUGGCUGCUGAGGAGAGUGAUCACGACACAGACCAGAACAAUGACACGACAACACAAAAUGGACAUGGACAUGGACAUGGACAUGGAAGUGGGAAGGAGUCCGAUGAAAAUAACCAGUCUAGGCACAAGUCUGAGAGGUCACACUCCUCGUCAAAACCUAAAGACCACAGAGAAACUAAUGGGAAUUACAGCGGGAGCAAACGAAGACACAAUAGCAGUGAGGAGGAAGAAUCCAACAGCAAACGGUCAAAACAUUCUAGUUCUAGUGAGGAUGAUUACAAAAGAAAAUCUCACAGCAGGAGCAAGAAAUCAGAGUCAGACAGUGACAGUAAUGACGAUAGUGAUGGAUCUCAAAGUGACGAUAGUGACUCAGACAUGUCAGACUCCUCGCAAGAAGAGGUAAAAGUCAAACAAGAAAUUAAGAAAGAACCAACUAGUAGCCAUAAGUCUUCAUCUAAGCAUUCGUCACACGAUGACCAUGCAGAUCACAAAUCAUCCAGUUCAAACAGGCACCAUGAGCCAGAGAAACACUCCAAACACCACAGCUCACAGUCAAAAGAGAGUAAUUCCUCAGAAAGACAUUCGUCCUCGAAAGAAAAGUCUUACAGUUCAGACAAACACAAAAGUUCAAAGGAGAAAGAGUCCAGUUCAGAAAAGAAACACAAAAUAGAUCACAAAUCUGACGCAGAGAAGAAUCACAAAGAGUCAAAGUCGUCUACUAAGCAUAGUAGUUCAGACAAGCAUACUUCAUUGGAGAAGCAUAAUAACUCUGAAAAACACAGUAGUUCUGAAAAACAUAGGUCAAGUAGCUCCCACAAGUCUGACAGUGGGUCUGACAAAAACAAAGGAAGUUCCGAUAAACACAGCAAGUCAGAGAAACAUAAAUCAUCGAGUCACUCGCAUGCGCCAGAAAAAGAAAAGCACAAGAGUUCGUCCGAAAAGGAACUUUCCAAACAGAAAGUGAAAGAAAGCUCUAGUAAUAGUAGUAGUUCUAAGGAAAAACAUAGUUCCUCAAGCAAGGAAAAGUCAAAAGAUAGGAGUAGCUCUUCAAAGGAGAAGUCGAGUAGUCAUAGUAGUGAGAAAAAACAUUCGUCGUCGAGUGAAAAUAAGUCGAAUAGUAGUAGCAGUAAGAGUCAUUCAGAGAAGAGUGAUGAAAGGAGUGACAAGAAAUCAAAACAUAGAUCAAGUUCCUCUUCAAAAAGCAGUAAGUCAAGCAAGAACGAAGAAGUACCAAAGAAAAAAGUUCAAAUACAACCAAGUGAGGACAGCGAUGAUGGAAUCGACUGUGGAUCAGGUGCCAGUUUUGCUGAAGCACUCGGCAUGAUCAGUCCCGCUAAACCUAAAAAGAAAACAUUGAAGGAUGCAGCUUCACCCAACAAUGACCUAAGCCCAGCUGCAUUAUUAGCUCCUACUGCUAAACUAGCGCCAUUGCCCGCGCUAGAGAUCUCGGCCUUACCAGAGAUAUCGCCCAACUACAAACCUCGCCCACCGCCACGACCCUUACCGCAUUUCAGUGACGAAGACGCCAUGAGUGCUGUCAUUUCGUCCAAAAACCAAAGAACCAAAGUCUAUUCAGGCAACAAAGUUAUAGGAAAGAUACCGUCACUCUACGAAAUGUGCGUGAACGUACUUCAAGAACAUAUUGAUGCCCUUGAAUACACGGGCGGAGUGCCAUACGAAAUUUUGAAGCCCGUCAUAGAUAAGGCCACGCCGCAACAGCUCUUCAUACUCGAGCAUUACAACCCUUACCUUAUGGAAGACACUGAUCAUCUGUGGCAGAAGUUCUGUCAAAAACACUUCAGAAAUAAACAGAGACAAGAAUUGGAGGCUUGGAGGGAGAUGUAUACGAGGUGCCAAGAAGAACAAGAAAUUAGGUUGAAGUCGCUCACGGCUAAUAUAAAAAUAGCCCAAGAAGCCAAAAAGGCGCCCAUAAAACAAACUAAAAUGGCGUACGUCGACUCCGUCGCAAAACCACCGCGGAACAUCGCCAAAAAACAGGCGCAGCACGGCACGGCGCGGCUGGCGACGGGCAGCCCGGCGGCGCGCGUGGCGGCGCUGGCGGCGCCCAACGUGCUGCGCGGCGGCGCCACCGCCGCCCGGCCACUCGCCGCGCUGCCAUCCACGCCCGCCUCCUUCAAGCCCAAGAAAGCACCGCUCAUGGCGAAAGCCCUACAGAUCAUGAGAGGACGCAAGCGAUGAUCCGCUUCAACUUCUACCUAUGUGAUCUUUUUUUGUGUCCCCUUUUAAUUUUAACUUGAUUAGAUUGGUCAUCUGAAGAGAUGAAAGAGCAUUUUUUUUUGUUUUGAGUGGAAAUCAUAAUAAAUGACGUUUUCUGUUGGGUGCAGGAUGAGGGAGUGCCAAAGUUUUACUGACUAAAUUCCAUCAUGUUCCUUCUGAAGCCCUUCGUGUACUAGGCCCCCGGUAAUUCUUCCGAAUAAUCCUGCCACCUCGGCAGAAGCCGAAAGACCUUGUUUUAAUUUAUUAUAACAACAUCAAAAUAACAGUCCAGUUGUUGUCACAUACGUCAGUUUUAAAGCUGUCAUUCUAAUCAAGUUAAAUUAAAAAUAUAUAUAUAUAGGUUAUGCCCUCCGCCCGAAAUCGAGCGUAUUUUGUUUUAUUGAAGCGAUUUACACAUUGGAUUAAAGUACCGAACGACAAAUAGUGACCCUUUCAGAACAAAUUCGGAUGAACUAGCCUCGUGUGUAGAGCGCUGCAAUAAAUUUUGAAUGUUUCAAGACCCUUAAAUAUUACGGGUGUUGUACUUUUUCUGUAGCAUCAACCCUCGUAUAGGAUACCGAUAGUGGCCCAUCAAUGUCUGUACAUAUAUUUAUAAUGGACCAUAUGAAAUUUUUGUGCCGACUGGUUUGUGUUUUCUUAUAACUACAGCAGACGCUUCUUUUUAUAUUUGUAACUUUUUACUUUUUGAAACUAAGUGCAUGCAUGCAAUUGUGAUUUUCGUGAUGCUUCGUUUUUAUUUCGCGUUACUGUUUAAGUGCUUGGAGUAUGAAAUAAAAUAUUUGUAGAUUUUCUUUCGAUCUUAGCUCCACUUUAACAUUGUAAACUAUAGAACAAGUAUAGAUGGAUAGAUUAAAAAAAAUAAUAAAAAGUAAUUUAUUUGUUUUCGAUUUCAACAUCACAGUAUACUACCUCGUAGCCAAAUACGCUAUCAAAGUAAACUUCUUUAGUAACAUUUUCUUUCACAAUAUUUGUGUACUUGAUGUAAAUGUCCUUUUUUCAUAUUUAUUCCCGAUAUGUUUUUUUUUUAUUUCCAUUUUCUUAUAAAUUAAAGCACUGUCACAAUUUACCUUGCCGGACUUAUUAAGUACUUGUUCCUGUUUGAAACCAAAAAGUAGACAGUGUACAAAGGGAAAUCAUGUAAAAUAUCUAGAACAAACAAAUUUUGAGCUUAUCAAAACAUUUGUAGUCGUUAAGUUAGUAUUUAGCGUAAAUUAUCGGCUCUAUAAUCAUAAUAUUGGACAUCUAAGUCAAAUGUGAAACUAUCAUCACAUUUGUUCGUGUCAUUAGAAGUUUUAACCAGAUUUCUUAAUAUAGUCAGUAUACAAUGGGAUGUCAGAAAAGUACCAAAUGAUUGGGUUGCUGUGAUAUGUUUGAAAUAAAACAUAAAAUGUGAUGUAGUGUUUUGUAAGACGCGAGAUGAAUGACUUGGUAUGUAUGUAUUUUUAAAAGUUAAGGUAAUUUUUAAACGAUGUUUUAGAAACAUUUUUAAUUGUUUGUCGUGCACUUAAAACUACUGUUGCGAAUUCGGCUACGGACUAGAUAGACAGUGUUGCCCACCGCAAGAGUAGGUCGCAACGACAAUACACGUUCUUUUUUUUCUGUGGUACCUCUGUAGUAUAAUUGCACGUACCUACAGCAACACAUUAACUUUGUAUAAGAUUCACGCAGCUGUUGUAGUCACAGACUUGAACAAUAUUAACUACACUGUCUUUGCUAACUGUAGCCGAACUAGCAACGCUAUCAAUUACCUUGUAUGUCUUAAAUGUGACCUGCAAAACUACAAUGUAAAGGAAAAAAAAACAACUUUGUUUCUCGUAAUUAAUGUAUUGUUAUCGUAACAUCACAGUAACAAAUAUAUGUAAUAAAGUACAUAUUAAGAGAAACAAUAGGUACCCAUAGAAAUUAGCGGCAGAAUAAAAUUAUCGAUGUUGUAAUCAUGGUUAUUUAAAAAAAGAAGUAGGAAAAAUAUCUGUAUAUGAGCACAUUUAGGUCAAUUUCUUGUUAUUUUUUUUUAUGUAUCGAUAAAGUAAGAACGAUUUCCAUUAUGAUAAAAUUCAUUCUCUUAACAAAAGACUAGUAGGUAUUCUUAUUAUAUAAGUUUUGUCUUAUUUACGUCUGGUUUCAGUGAAAAGAUUUUAAUUAUUUGACCCGUAUGCCAUUAUUUAUACAGUGAAAUAUACUUAUGUGGAUUUUA